CAACAAGUGGAAAAGCUGCAUCAUUAAUCUUUGAUAAUGAUCCCUUAUUCUCAGCCACCCUGACUCUCAAUGAUAGAACAUCUAAUACAAUACACUUGGAUGCACCAAGUGUGGUAAUUAUUAACAGAGAAAACUUUCUAAAGAUCGCAGACCUUGCCAAAGUAAAUGAAAGUUAUCAAACGAUAAUUGAUGUUGAUGACCACGAAGCUAUUCAAGCUGACAAUACUAAUCUUGAUAGACAACCUAGUGAUAUAUCAUUAGAUUUUGUAAAUAUGGAUAUUCAAGGAAGUAAUGCACAAGAUAUGGAAUUGAGUUUUGAUGAAGAUGCUAUGGUAGAUGGUCAGGGAGCAAAAAUAUCACGAAUCAAUGAUAAUUCAAUUGAAAAUGAUUAUUCUGUGUCACAACCUCUUGAAAAGAGCGAGAUUAUUCAAAAAAAUAAAGAUAAAGCACAAGAUUUAAAUUCGAAUAAUCAGGAACAAGUCGAAUUUUCAGAUAAAAAUGAUGACACUGAUGAGGAGAUGGGUGGAAUUGAUGCUUUAGCUUUGUCAUGUAAAAAAAGUAAAGAAAUCAGUUCAGCAAAAGAUAGCACAAAGUCUCAUGUUAACACCACAAAACAUAGUGAUAUUGAAAAUGAAAGAACUUCUAUAAUUAAUGAGGAG